AUGAUUCGAUCUACCCAAAUAGCGCGUCUUGACGGCUUGAUGCUCUGCGCAUCCGUCGAUGACGAGCAGUCACAAUCCGCCGUCGGCGAAGUCAAGAGUCAAAUCCGCCAGGUCCUCCGCAAACUGACCCGCAACUCCGAACCGCAAGCGAGCAUCGAAUCCGGCCAAUUCGUCCUCCACUACCUAAUCGAGAGCGACAUCGUCUUCAUCUGUAUCUGCGAACGCUCCUACCCCCGCAAGCUAGCAUUCACCUACCUCGCCGACCUCUCCCGCGAAUUCACAACCACCCACCCGCCCGCGCAGAUCCACUCCCCCACGCUACGCCCCUACGCCUUCAUGGACUUCGACACCUUCAUCGCCCGCACGAAAGCCACCUACUCCGACGCCCGCGCCUCGCAGAACCUCGACCGCCUCAACGACGAGCUGCGCGACGUCACGAAGGUCAUGACCAAGAACAUCGAGGACCUGCUCUACCGCGGCGACAGCCUCGAGCGCAUGGGUGAGCUGUCGUCGAGGCUGAGGGACGAUAGUAAGAAGUAUAGGAAGGCGGCUGUCAAGAUUAAUUGGGAUUUGUUGGUGAAGCAGUAUGGGCCUUUUGCGGCGUUGGGGCUCAUUAUUUUGGUGUUUUUGUGGUGGAGGUUCUUUUGA